GGAAGGUGCCAGGAAGUUGCACUGACGGGACAUGCAAUGCACAGAUCCGUACCUUGGACUGGGUAAACCUUGACAGGAAAUUACAAGGUACGUUUCCUUCAUUGAUAUAUGAGCCGAGAACUUUUAUUAUGUUGGAAAACUGUGUCUUUAAUACAGCCUUUUCCAGCCCGUGGAACACGAUUCUGCAGUCUACAGUCUGCACUCGGAAGCCAUCUUUCGAGUUAUCCUAAUUAUGGCUCGUUGCUGCUCGAUACCAUCACUACUUCUACCAUCGUUAGAGCCCAUAAGCGGUGGCGUAUAGCAAUCUGUUCCAUCCGCUUCGUGGUGUCCCUUGCCAGAGAAAUCAAAUCUCAAUUUUACUUUACCAUUCCCAUUCAACCGAGCAGCUCCCAGUACGGUGGAACUACUUGUGGUAUGCACCAAGACAUGAUCACUUCUACAGAUACAACCAAAGCUCAGAAGCGGUGGCGCAUUGCUUGUGUUGUGAUCUGUUCUAUCCAGUUCAUGGUUUCCCUUACUAAAGAGAUCCACACUGAACAGAACAGUCAUGAUUCUGUGAUUUUGAAGUCUCCCUUUCACACCGCCCCCAAAGUUGAACCAAGCAGUUCCGACCAUGGUGAAAAUGAACAUUGGCCACUCUCCUUUGACCCCACCAUUGAUCAAUUGACUCUCACAGAAAUUGUGAAAGAAAAAGAUUUAACAGCUCUUCUCAGGCUUGGAGGCGUAGGAAAGAUCGCCACUGCUCUCAAUACUGACCCUGAGAAUGGAAUCUAUGGCAAUGAUCAUGAAGUCAGCAUGCGGCAUGAAAUGUUUGGUACAAACACUUACCGCAAGCCUCCUCCAAAAGGGUUCUUAUUUUUUGUGCUGGAUGCUUUCAAAGACAGCACCAUUCUCAUCCUACUGGUCUGUGCAGCCCUGUCCCUUGGCUUUGGCAUCAAAACACAUGGAGUGCAGGAAGGCUGGUAUGAAGGGGGAAGCAUUUUCGUAGCAGUCUUUCUAGUGGUGGUUGUCUCUGCCCUCAGUAACUUCAGACAGGAGAGGCAAUUUGAUAAAUUAUCAAAAUUAAGCAACAACAUAAAAGUUGAUGUUCUUAGAGAUGCACGUCGCCACAAGAUCUCCAUCUUUGACAUUGUGGUUGGAGAUGUCAUCUUCCUGAAUAUAGGCGAUCAGAUUCCAGCUGACGGAUUGUUUUUAGACGGACAUUCUUUGCUGAUAAAUGAGUCAAGCAUGACAGGUGAGAGUGAUCCUGUUGAAGUAAACUCCACUGAGAACCCAUUCUUGUUCUCCGGUUCUAAGGUGGUGGAUGGGUUUGGUCGAAUGCUGGUUACAUCUGUUGGCAUGAACACUGCAUGGGGCGAAAUGAUGAGCUCAAUAUCUGGUGAUUCUAAUGAAAGGACUCCAUUACAAGCAAGGCUAGACAAAUUAACCUCUUCUAUUGGUAAGAUAGGCCUUGCAGUUGCUUUUUUAGUUCUUGUAGUCUUGUUAAUCCGUUAUUUUACCGGGAAAACACAAGACAAGAAUGGAAAAAAAGAAUAUAAUGGUAGCCAAACAGAUUUAGAUGAUGUAUUCAAUGCGGUCGUGCGCAUUGUUGCUGCUGCAGUCACCAUUGUGGUAGUGGCAAUUCCUGAAGGUUUGCCAUUGGCUGUCACACUAACACUUGCUUACUCCAUGAAGAGAAUGAUGGCUGAUCAGGCAAUGGUCAGAAAACUUUCUGCCUGCGAAACAAUGGGUUCAGCAACGGUUAUCUGCACAGAUAAAACUGGUACUUUGACAUUGAAUGAGAUGAAAGUGUCCAAGUUUUGGCUUGGUCAAGAUUCCAUCGAAGAAGAUUCUACACUUGUAAAUGCAGCAAAUGUUGUUUCAUUAUUACACCAAGGAGUCGGUUUGAACACAACUGGAACCGUCUACAUACCUGCGUCUGGAACUGGACCUGAGAUUUCUGGCAGUCCAACUGAGAAAGCAGUUCUCUCUUGGUCGAUUUUGCAAUUGGGUAUGGAUGUGGAAAAGCUAAAGAAAGAGUAUAGAAUUCUUCACGUCGAAACCUUCAACUCUGACAAGAAACGGAGUGGGGUUGCAAUAAGGAAAAGUGCUGAUAACACCAUCCAUGUGCACUGGAAAGGAGCUGCUGAGAUAAUCCUCGCAAUGUGUUCAAGCUAUUAUGAAAGUAGUGGGAUUACAGAGUCCCUAGAUAGAGAUAGGGUUAAGAUCGAGAAAAUAAUCCAAGGCAUGGCAGCUAGUAGCCUCCGAUGUAUUGCUUUCGCUCACAAGGAAAUAUCAGAAGAAGAGAUGGGAUGCCACAAGGACGAAAGCAAGCACCAACUACAAAAAGAAGGCUUAACCUUGCUAGGGAUAGUUGGUCUCAAGGAUCCAUGCCGACCAGGUGUCAAGAAGGCAGUGGAAACUUGCAGACUCGCUGGAGUGGACAUCAAAAUGAUCACAGGAGACAAUGUUUUCACAGCAAAAGCUAUAGCUACAGAAUGCGGUAUACUAGAGCCUAAUCACCAAGUAAAUGGUAACGAAGUGGUAAGUGGUGCUGAGUUUCGAAAUUAUACGCACGAAGAGAGAAUGGAGAAAGUCGAAAUGAUUCGUGUGAUGGCAAGGUCAUCCCCAUUUGACAAGCUUCUGAUGGUACAGUGCUUGAAACAAAAAGGCCAUGUGGUUGCCGUCACUGGAGAUGGCACGAACGAUGCGCCUGCAUUGAAAGAAGCUGAUGUAGGGCUUUCCAUGGGCAUUCAAGGUACCGAAGUGGCAAAGGAGAGCUCGGAUAUUGUUAUCUUGGAUGAUGACUUCACUUCUGUUGCCACGGUUUUACGUUGGGGACGAUGUGUUUAUAAUAACAUCCAGAAGUUCAUCCAGUUUCAAUUGACAGUGAAUGUGGCAGCUCUUGUUAUAAACUUUAUUGCAGCGGUUUCUGCUGGAAAGGUUCCCCUAACAGCAGUCCAGUUGUUGUGGGUAAAUCUCAUCAUGGACACACUAGGAGCUUUGGCUCUUGCUACAGAGCGGCCUACUGAUGAGUUAAUGCAGAGGUCCCCUGUCGGUCGAACAGCGCCUCUAAUUACAAAUAUCAUGUGGAGAAACCUCUUAGCCCAAGCCUUGUUCCAAAUAUCAGUCCUCUUGACUUUCCAGUUCAAGGGUGAGUCUAUAUUCAAUGUUAACGAAGAGGUAAAGGAUACACUUAUUUUCAAUACAUUUGUUCUCUGCCAAGUUUUUAACGAGUUCAAUUCAAGAAGCAUGGAAAAGCAGAACGUUUUCAAAGGAAUUCAUAAAAACCGUUUAUUUCUUGGUAUUGUGGGAAUUACAAUUAUUCUUCAAGUUGUUAUGGUGGAAUUUCUAAAGAAAUUUGCAAAUACAGUGAGAUUAAAUGGGUUGCAGUGGGGUGUUUGCAUUGGAAUUGCAGCUCUAUCUUGGCCAAUUGGUUGGAUGGUGAAGUUAAUAACUGUUCCAGAUAAACCGUUCCUCGAUUCCGUUAAGAGAGCAGGAACGAGAAUCAAGAGGAUAUUGCGGUUGUUUAAUCAAAAAGGACCCGCUUCCUGUAGGCUUGGAACUGGAUGUGGGGGAAAGGUAAGGACCUAAAGCACAACAUGCGCAAGUUGCUUCUUUAAGUGGCUUUGUAGAAUUUCAACAUUUUCUAGUUCUUUUCUUCUUUUACGUAGUUGGCAUAAUAUUAGAGUUAUGCUAUACACUUUCAUCCCACUCUCAUUCAACCGUGUUGACGUCCAUCAAUCAUUAAAUCAAAAUUUGUUGUUGAUGAAACAAUUAAGUAUUGAAGCAGUUUAGGUGGAGGAAAUUACUCGAACAAUGAUCGACUAUAGACAAAGUCAACUAUGAUGGAUUGAGAUUCUCUCAACUUCAUUAUCUAUAUAAAUAGUUUCUCUCCAAUUCUUUAUCCGAAUUGGGCUUUACACGGCUGCCACACUGGUCGGGGACCCAGUACAGACGGCAUUACAAAGUUGAUGAUCCACCGAGGUAUUUCAACCACAUGAUUGGUGACAAGAAAACUACUAAGUUUGUCCAAGUAUAAGUGCAGCAAGUUAGUGAUCGAUGAUGACCAAUUAUUCGAGUUUGCUUCUCACUCAGACGAACAACACGGGUGAUGUAUGUGUGUAUUUUAGAGAGAAUGAGUAUGGUGUUAGUGGGUGCAAUGUGUGAAUGUUUCGACUUGUGAAGUUACUUUUCUGUGUUAGCUACAUGAUUACCAAGUUGUGGAUUCGUGAGUAGCAAGUUUGGUGUGGUUUGUAAUUUGUACUGGUGUUGUAUGAUACCCCGUAUUUUAGUAUAUUUUAA